AUGACUGGCACAGGACUAGAAGGGAGAGGAAGACCUACAUGCCCGAGGAUGAUGGAUGACAGAAGUACUAUGCUGCACAUCCUGGAGGAGCCUCAGAUGAGGCAGGAAGGGGAGAGGAUUCGAACUUUUAACAACUGGCCAGCAGAUGCUCCUGUAACAUCUGGAGAGCUGGCCAAGGCGGGCUUCUUUUUUCUUGGCUCUGGGGAUAAGGUCCAAUGUUUCUGCUGUGGAGGGAUUUUAAGAUGUUGGGUUCACGGGGACAACCCAUCUGAUGAGCACAAGAGGCAUUUUCCCUCUUGUAGUUUCAUUCAGGGUCAAGCUGUGGGAAAUAUUCCCCUUCAAACGGGAUCCCCUGACUCUGUGGACGGCCAGCUGCUGAGCCAACUCCAAAGGAUGACCAUGGAUGACCAGGGGACAGCUGGACAAGCUGUCUACCCAGAGAUGGACGCAGAGGAUACCCGGCUCACCACUUUCCACAACUGGCCCACUGAGGCCUCAGUGCAGCCGGAUAUUCUUGCCAGAGCUGGAUUUUUCUACACAGGUGCUCAUUCUCUCUCUUUAAAGCCUAAAAAAACAUCUGAAUCCUGCUUAUUCGCCCCUUUAAAAUGCCAAGUGAUUCACAUUUGAGUAUAUUUCAGGGAAUAUUCAGCGUUGACCCAGUCGCUGCUAGAGUGACCUCUCUUUGUGAGGGUUCAUGGUACAAUUGUGGUGCUGACUCAUGAUUUUGCGGACAGAAUGACCUGGACAAAGCUGGGGCCGUUAAAGGAGUGCAGAUCCACAGCUUCAGGAAACACAGAGGUUGUGGGAACAAUGUGACAAGAACCAAGACAAAAACAUAGACUAAUCAUGUUAAACAACAAACCAACCAAGUUUAGACAGAGGCUAGGAGCAAAAAAAGACUUGAAAGUGGAGGAGGCUGUUUUGUUUAGUUGAGGUUUUUUAGCAUUUUUGCUGUGAAGCAGUCCACUUAACAGAAGCUUUUUGCUUUUUCCAGAAGGAUAUAUUACUUAUCACCAAAAACCACUUACAGAACACUGUUUGAACUUCCUUAAAUCACAUGAUUUAUUUAAAAGUGUUUUUUUUCAUGUGUAAAGCUAAGCUUUUGCUUUAUUUGAACAGAAUUAGAACUCCUACAAAGUUUUUAGUUGGUUGUGAAACAGGUCGAAAUUUAUUCAGGGGUCUACAAAAGCAAACAAGAAACAAACUCAAACUUUCUGAUAUAAAUUGACCUCUAUGCCAUUUCAUCCAUCAAGAAUAAAAGCUAGUCAGAUGCUCAUCUAGCAAAUCUUCUCACCAUAGUUCUGUUCCUACUCACAGGUCACGGCGACAAUGUCAAGUGCUUCUACUGUGAUGGAGGGCUGAGAAACUGGGAGCCAGGGGAUGACCCCUGGCAGGAGCAUGCCAAAUGGUUUCCACGGUAGGAAUAGAAAUCUUUACAGCGCAGAUACGAAGUCAUGAGUUUCAAAAUUAUGUAUGAAUAAGAUUGCGUGUGUUAUUUGUGUUCUGCAUUCUUGCUUUUGCAGAUGAUAAAGCAACCUAUUUUCUUUUCUCAGGUGUGCCUUUUUAAUCCAGUCAAGAGGACAGGAGUAUAUCAGUAACAUACAGGAUGCUCACUUCCAUCUGGGUGAGACUGUGGUGAGAGCCUUUCCUCCCUGUUAUCAGCACACGCUAUACUCGCAUACUGACAAAUGACAGUUUUGACACCUCUUUUUGUGUGUAAAACCAAUCAUGUAACCGUUUAUACUCACCGUGAAUAUAAAAUAUGAUUGUAGGGAGGAUCACAGAGCUCCAUGGGCAGAGACAUCGGACCCAGAGGUGGUAAGUCAUACAAAACGGAGACACAGCGAAGAAAGAUGCAUGAGCAAACUUAACGCCACCAAGUAAACCUGGAUAAUAAGAUAUAAGUUCACACAAAAUAGGGAGAGGUUAGCUUAAUCGCAGAUAAUGGGAACAAAAGGCAGCAACCAGCUGAUUUAAUAAUCUUAGGAUCUGCAAAUUAUAUAUAAAAAAACAUUUUGGAUGAAUAGACGAGCAAAUCAGACACUGAACUGACUCUCUUUAGAGUAAGCAGGUCAUUCCUGUUUCUUUGUGAGUCUGCAGAAAGUGAACCAUUAGCAUGCUCAAUUACCUGAGCUAAUGUUUGCUAUAGGAUUGGGAUAAUUAGAGACCGCUGCUCAUGGUCUAAUUGAAGUCACGAGAAAGCAGUUAUUCCUUACAACCAAGGAGCCACACUUUUAAGCCUUUUCAGCGUAUAAACAGAGGCGAUGAGGUUUAAAAUGUUAAUUUAUCAGGAGAAAAAAAGCAAGAUUUGUCAUUUAUGUCCCCAUUUCUUUCUCUGUCUGUCUCUGAGCACUGGUUUACUCUCCCUUAGAUAUGGUGGGAGGUCUGCAAGCAUCCUCAGCCAUGCUGACUCCUGUGGUGCAGACGGUGCUACAGAUGGGCUUUGAAUCCAACCUGGUGGAGAGUCUGGUCCAGACCAAGUACCUACUGACAGGCCAGCACUACACCUCUGUGUCUGACCUGGUGACUGACGUGUUACAGGCCGAACAGGAGGAAAGACAGAGAGCGCCACAGAGCAGAGGUAACACCAUCAUAUCUUACUAUAACCUUAAAAAUCAUUGAAUUUUAAAUAUUCAACGUAUGAACGGCCUUUUUUGAUAUAUGUGUGUCUUCCAGAGACUGGAACAAGGCAGGGUCCGAGCACAGGAAAUGUGAGGACGCAAACAACCAUAAGAGAGAGAGGUUAGAGGUCAACAUUUUUAAAAUCUGGCAGAAAAUAAACUCUGAAGUGUUGGAGUACCAGUGCACUAAUGCUUUCUGUGUGUGUGUUUUCAUCCACAGUUAAAGACCCGAGCCCCGAGGAGCUCCUGAGGCAGCUGCAGGAGGAGAGGACAUGUAAGGUGUGUAUGGACAAACUAGUGUCCAUUGUCUUCAUCCCCUGUGGACACCUGGUGGUGUGUGGGGACUGCGCCGCCAGCCUGCGUCACUGCCCCAUCUGCAGAGCUGUGAUCAGAGGCAGCGUGCGAGCUUUCAUGUCCUGA